AUGGAUAUGGAAGUCUAUUUAUUGGCUUGUAUAUCUUAUUUAUCUAAUAUAUUUUUUUUAAUUGACACUUGCUGCUUUUUAAAAAUUCAUUAUUGGAAUCAUUUGCAAGAUAGUUUAUUUUAUAUAUUAGGAUGGUUUUUGGGUAGCAUCCCAAUAAUCACUUUUUUUGUAUUUGGAUUUAGUUGGAUAAUUAAUGAUGUAAUAUUUGUUCUAAAUUUGGGAACUUAUUUUAAGCUCUUUAAAGUAAAAUCAUUUAAAGAUUGCAUAACAAUUUAUGUUCCAUUUCUUUUAUUUUAUUGUCUUAUAAAUUAUGCAGUCUACUUAAAAUGGGAAUAUGGAAAUAAAGUAUCCCUUAUCCUAAAUUUAACUUAAUUUUUCUCUCUAUAAGCUCCAAUGUUCAAUUAUAUUCCAACAAGAAAAUGUGCAUUUAUUGAAAUUAAUACUUUGUUUCUACCUGGUUUAAUGAUAGCAUAUACUGUAAGAUAUGCAAAAGCAUCAUAAUCAUAUGUUUAUUUUAUAAUUUAUUUUUUGGGUUUAUUUUUAGGAUUAAUUGGUUGGUUAUCUAUCACUUUUCUUAAUAGUAAAUAUUAAAUAACAAGGUAUAGGAUUAUAUUUAAAUUAUUAGUUUAUUAUUCACAGUAAUACCUAGUUCAAUAUUAGCAGCAAUAUUUUGUUAUUAUAGAAAUGAAUUAUCAGUGUUCUAUAAAGGAUAAUUUUAUGAUUAAAUUCUUGAAGAUCCAUUCGUUGCUUCUAAAAGUAUUAAAGAUUCCCAAUAAACAAACACUGAUUUAAUUAACUAAACUAAUCAAGAAUUACCUGUUAUUAAUCCAACCUUGUUUUCAGGAUUGUAUGAAUUAUGA